UGGAGGUGAACACAUCGUGUACAGUGAGGAGGGAGAUGGAAAUCUGUCUGACUUUUAUUCUUCUCUCAUCCACACUCACACUCACAGCAGCUGACAGUGUGAGGUUGGUGAAUGGUGGAAGUCGCUGUGCUGGCAGAGUUGAGGUUCUUCAUGAUGGACAGUGGGGAACAGUGUGUGGUUCUGCCUGGGAUAUAAAAGAUGCUGCAGUGGUGUGUAGGCAGUUGCAGUGCGGGGAGCCUAUAGAUGUGCGGUAUAAUUCCUAUUUUGGACCAGGGUUGGGACCAAUCUGGAUAUAUGACUUGAACUGUAGUGGAUUUGAAUGGACACUUCACAACUGUAGUUCACAAGAGGGACAUUACUGUGAUCAUGCUAAUAAAGCUGGAGUCGUCUGCUCAGGUGAAAAUGUCAGACUCAGUGCUGGUCCUCACCGGUGCUCUGGGAGAGUGGAGGUGUAUCAUGGAGGUUCCUGGGCCACAGUGUGUGAUGCUGACUUUGACCAGCAGGAUGCAGAGGUUGUGUGUCGAGAGCUGGGCUGUGGGAUUCCUGUGAAGGUGCUGGGAUCAGCUGCUUUUGGCCCAGGGGAGGGUCAGGUGUGGACAGAGGAGCUUCAGUGUAGAGGAAAUGAAUCUGACAUUACCUUCUGUUCAACAUCAUCUUCACUCAAACACUCACACUGCUCCCAUGACAACGACAUAGCAUUAAUAUGUUCUGGCACUGUGAGGUUGGUGAAUGGUGGAAGUCGAUGUGUUGGGAGAGUGGAGGUUCUUCAUGAUGGACAGUGGGGAACAGUGUGUAACGAUUACUGGGAAUUAAGAGAAGCUGCAGUGGUGUGUAGAGAGCUGCACUGUGGGGAGCCUGUAAAUGUGCGAUAUUUUGCUCACUUUGGAGAAGGAUCAGGACCAAUCUGGAUGAAUAAUGUUGGCUGUAGUGGAUCAGAGCCGACACUGAAGAACUGUAGCUCAGCAGAGUGGGGAAAAAAUUAUUGUAGUCAUCGUGGUGAUGCUGGAGUCACCUGCUCAGGUAAAUUGGUUUUAAUAGCUGGUCAUCAUCUGUGCUCUGGGAGAGUGGAGGUGCUUCAUGGAAGUUCCUGGUCCACAGUGUGUGAUGCUGACUUUGACCAGCAGGAUGCAGAGGUUGUGUGUCGAGAACUGGGCUGUGGGAUUCCUGUGAAGGUGCUGGGAUCAGCUGCUUUUGGCCGAGGGGACGGUCAGGUGUGGACAGAGGAGCUUCAGUGUAGAGGAAAUGAGUCUCAGAUUGCCUUCUGUCCAUCAUCUUCACUCAAACACUCAUACUGCUCCCAUGAUGACGAUGUGGGAAUAAUAUGUCACACAGAGGCGAGGCUGGUGAACGGACUAGACUCCUGUUCUGGUCGAGUGGAGCUCCAGUACCUCAGUGACUGGGGUACAGUUUGUACUAUGAACUGGGAUAAGAGAGCUGCAGAUGUUCUCUGUGCACAGCUAGAUUGUGGGAGUGCUGUAGCUGUGGUGGGGGUGGACUGGUUUGGAGAGGGGAGUGGCCACAUCUGGGCUGAUGUGUUUGAUUGUCAGGGCAAUGAGACACACCUAUCACAAUGUGGCAUCUCAUCAUGGAAUCGAGCUGCAUGCUCUCAUAACUACGAUGCUGGAGUCAUCUGUAAUGCCCCCAGGUCCAUCAGGCUGGUUGGUUCUGGGGGAGACUGUGCAGGAAGGCUGGAGGUUUUCCACAGUGGCUCGUGGGGGACAGUGUGUGAUGACUCGUGGGAUAUUGAGGAUGCACAGGUGGUGUGCAGACAGCUGCAGUGUGGAGUGCCCCUCAGUACCCACAUACCAGCCUGGUUUGGUCCUGGAACUGGGUCCAUAUGGCUGAAUGAGGUGGAGUGUGAGGGGAACGAGACGUCCCUGUGGAACUGCAGAUCUCAGCUGUGUGAAGAGGGGGAAUGUGGACACCAGGAGGACGUAGGAGUCAUGUGCUCAGGUACAGUGCUGAGUGGAGGAAAGGGAAGCUGCUCUGGGAGGUUGGAGGUGUAUCAUAACGCUACGUGGGGCUCCGUUUGUGAUGAUCAGUGGAACAUCAGGAACGCUCAGGUGGUGUGCAGACAGCUGGGCUGUGGCUCGGCGCUGAGUGCUGAUAGGAAUGUUAGCUUUGGUUCUGGUGAAGGGACUAUCUGGCUGAACAGAGUGAAGUGUCGAGGGGAUGAGAUUCACCUGUGGGACUGUCAUCAUUCCCUGAAGAAACACACUGACUGCUCUCAUGCUGAAUGUGUGUAUCUGCUCUGUGCAGACAGUGUGAGGUUGGUGGAUGGUGGAAGUCGCUGUGCUGGGAGAGUGGAGGUUCAUCAGGAGGGACAGUGGGGAACAGUGUGUCAUGAUUACUGGGAUAUGAACGAUGCUGCAGUGGUGUGUAGAGAGCUGCACUGUGGGGAGGCUGUAGAUGUGCAUAAGGAUGCUCACUUUGGACCAGGAUCAGGACCAAUCUGGAUGAUUAAUGUGGACUGUAGUGGAUCAGAGUCGACACUGAAGAGCUGUAGGUCUGGUGGUAGAGGGGAAGGUUACUGUGAUCAUGAUGGUGAUGCUGGAGUCACCUGCUCAGGUCACAGAAUGUCGAGACUCAGUGCUGGUCCUCACCAGUGCUCUGGGAGAGUGGAGGUGUAUCAGGGAGGUUCCUGGUCCACAGUGUGUGAUGCUGACUUUGACCAGCAGGAUGCAGAGGUUGUGUGUCGAGAGCUGGGCUGUGGGAUUCCUGUGAAGGUGCUGGGAUCAGCUGCUUUUGGCCGAGGGGAGGAUCAGAUGUGGACAGAGGAGCUUCAGUGUAGAGGAAAUGAAUCUGACAUUACCUUCUGUACAACAAUAUCUUCACCAAAACACUCAAACUGCUCCCAUGACAAUGAUGUGGGAUUAAUAUGUUCUGGUCACACAGAGGCGCGGCUGGUGAACGGUUCUGACUCCUGUUCUGGUCGAGUGGAGCUCCAGUACCUCAGUGACUGGGGCACAGUUUGUGCUGUAACCUGGGAUAUGAGAGCUGCAGAUGUUCUCUGUGCACAGCUGGAUUGUGGGAGUGCUGUGGCUGUGGUGGGGGUGGACUGGUUUGGGGAGGGGAGUGGCCACAUCUGGGCUGAUGUGUUUGAUUGUCAGGGGAAUGAGACACACCUAUCACAAUGUGGCGUCUCAUCAUGGAGUCGAGCUGCAUGCUCUCAUAAACACGAUGCUGGAGUCAUCUGUAAUGGAUCAUCCAUGGCGUUUCAUGAGGGGCGAGUGCGGUUGUCUGGAGGGAGCGAGUGUCAGGGGGAGGUGGAGAUUUAUUUCAGGCAGGACUGGAGGAGAGUUCUCCUGGACUCGUGGAGUCUGUCUGAGGCGUCUGUGCUCUGCAGACAGCUGGGCUGUGGCUCUGUGCUGAACUACCGCUCCUCUCCAUCCACCACUGAACACAAACACAUGUGUGUAACGGGUUUCAGCUGCUCUGGGAGUGAAGCUCAUCUGGGGAACUGCAGCAGUGCACAACCUGUCAACUGCAGCUCCGGGGAACAGCUGUACAUCACCUGCUCAGGUAUCUUGAACCGUGCCAUCAGCUCCAUCAGGCUGGUUGGUUCUGGGGGAGACUGUGCAGGAAGACUGGAGGUUUUCCACAGUGGCUCGUGGGGAACAGUGUGUGAUGAUUCGUGGGAUAUUGAGGAUGCGCAGGUGGUGUGCAGACAGCUGCAGUGUGGAGUGGCCCUCAGUACCCACAUACCAGCCUGGUUUGGUCCUGGAACUGGGUCCAUAUGGCUGAAUGAGGUGGAGUGUGAGGGGAACGAGACGUCCCUGUGGAACUGCAGAUCUCAGCUGUGUGAAGAGGGGGAAUGUGGACACCAGGAGGACGUAGGAGUCGUGUGCUCAGAGUUUAAAGAGAUACGACUCACAGAGGGCUGUAAGGGGAAUCUGGAAGUGUUCUACAAUGGAACCUGGGGUAAUGUGUGUCACAAUCAGAUGGAUGAUGAGACAGUAAACAUAGUGUGUCAAGAGCUGAACUGUGGAAGGCGUGGGAGUCAGUCAAACACUAAAGCAAGAGUCAAAUCUGCUCCUAACUGGCUGGAUUAUCUGAAGUGUAGGAAACACGACUCUAAUCUGUGGCAGUGUCCAUCUUCACCCUGGGGACAGAACAGAUGUGAUAAUAGUGAUGAAGUGGCUCAUAUUACCUGCACAGAUGAUGAAGAGUCUCUACAUACACAAGAAAAGUGCUCUUCACUUCCCUCUCAGAAACACUGCUCAAAGCACUGGUCUCUCAGGCUGAGUGGAGGAAAGGGAAGCUGCUCUGGGAGGUUGGAGGUGUAUCAUAACGCUACGUGGGGCUCCGUUUGUGAUGAUCAGUGGAACAUCAGGAACGCUCAGGUGGUGUGCAGACAGCUGGGCUGUGGCUCGGCGCUGAGUGCUGAUAGGAAUGUUAGCUUUGGUCCUGGUAAAGGGACUAUCUGGCUGAACAGAGUGAAGUGUCGAGGGGAUGAGAUUCACCUGUGGGACUGUCAUCAUUCCCUGAAGAAACACACUGACUGCUCUCAUGCUGAAGUCACCUGUGCAGGUCAGAGGGACACAUCCACAGUGUCCACUACUACAUCCACCACCACCACCACCACCACCACCACCACCACAUCAGGCGCUUCAAAUACCCCACCCACCCCUCCACUGGUUCUCCUUGUGUUGGGAAUGCUGCUCUUCCUGGCCUUAGUGCUUCUGGUGGUACUGUUUUACCAGAACAGAGUGCUCAGGAGAGUUGUCUCUAAGACGAGGCGUAAGACUCAGCCUGAGGCAGUCUAUGAGGAGAUCAACCACAGAUACAUCACUAGAAGAAUCACGAGCUCCACUCAAAGAGGAAGUCUCCUCUCUGAAGAACAGCAUUCUGGGUAUGAGCAUGUGGAUGAUGAGCUUCUCUCAGUAAAGUCUGGGAUUGGAGAAAAGGCUGAGUAUUAUGAUGAUGUCAUCGACACCAGUGACUUCAUAAGUGAUACAGGAAGAGUUGAGCCACCAGAGGACUACGAUGAUGCCGUCACUGCUGGACCCAUCGCUGAUAACGUGGAGGAGGAUGAAGCUGAGAAUUAUGAUGAGGCCAUUACAGCUGAUCAGAAGUCAGUUAUACUGACAGAGGACGUGUCCGAGAACUAUGAUGAUGCAGUUACGGCUGAAACAAACACAAACAUCACCACAGUAAAGCUCCAGCAGGCGACUUCAUCAGCUCUCACCUCCAUAUCUCAGUGGUUAUAGUGGAGUCUCUGGCUAGUAGCUUUCACACACUAAUGGGAAAAUGCACCGUUCCUAUUGGUUAAUCCUUUUUCUCACUACAGCAGCUGGUAGACAA